CACAGCAGAUACGGGCGCCGAAGGAAAGUGAACGCGCUAGGCUAACCACCUAGAGGCUAAGAACGAAGGAACCGGCCCGUCAACUUCAAGUGCCGCUUGAAUUCGUUUUGCCGUUGCAGCGCGUAGCGUUCAGUUGCGUGCGCUCCUUUCGUAGCCUACUACACCCGCUUAUUCUCAUGCCUCGAGGUGUAAAUCAACCCAAGCGUCGCGUGGUGCUCACGCGUACGGGGAACCCAGUGAUAUCGAUGCCGAACCAAGGCUUUGCGUCCCCUGGUCGAGGUGGGUAUCAGCCCCGCGGAGGACAGCGCACCCGUGGUUCAACCGGGUUUCGAAGCACGUCGAGGCCCGCCCCACCCAGAGUCGGCGGCUCUGCAACCGGAUUUCGGUCCGCGGGGUUUCGCAACUCAUUCAGGCCAAGGGCACCCUCUGUCACGCCUCGAGCCCUUCCACAGGCCCAGGACAUGGUGUCACCCAUGCAUAUGAGCAGGGUUUCGGAUGCUGCCUCUCGCAGGCCCAGCGCGGGCACCGCCAACAACCAUUCUCCCGACAUGGACGAGCGAGGAUCGUCGUCGCGAAAGCCGGUCGCCCACUCCGUCAGCACGUGGACGGUGCAGAUCGGAGAGGUGCCCAUCUCGUACUUCUCGCGGGAGAGGUGGAGGGACCAGUGCCGCCCCGAAAAGGGCAUGCGGCCCGACGCGAUCGACGAGCCGUUCCGCGGCUGCACCCUUCAGGACAGGCACCCCAGCGAGCCGAAGGCCACUUACUCCGAGCAGGAACUGCGCAACUUGUGCCCCAUCUGCGGCACCCUGGUGAUCCACUGGGAGACACACAAGCAGGGAAAGCUGCACCGCGAACGAGUCAAGGCUCGGGAGUCGUACGCCCCCUCCUCCUCUCAGGCUGCGGGCCCCACGCAGCAGGACGUUGUUGCUGCGCUGCGCGUGCUCCAGGCCACACGGCCCGACAUCAUCGCGGCCUCCCUCGCCGCCACUACGCCCAACUUGCUCAUGUCCCUGAAGGGUGCCGAGGCAAAUAGAAUGUCGCCACCACGUUUGGGCGACAGGAUGAAGCGAAGUGGCCGGUCUCCGUCGCCGGACAGGAAGCGCCACGCCUCCCGAUGGGAACCUGCUGGCCGCGACAUUCGCUAUGAUGAUGCCCCUCACGCUGCUGUCCCAAAGGGUCCAUCUCCCAGGGCCGUUCCUCCGCCAAUGCAGCCAAUGUACAAUGACCUCCCACACGGACCGGGCCGCAGCUACACAUCUGGUUCAUACACAUGGCGCUAAACAAGCAUGUAGACAUGCCGCUCCACAUCACCAGCUUCACACAAGAAUUUCUUUUCAGAUUUUUUUUCCAAACAUUUCUCAAUUCAGAAUCCUGAAAUAAAUGUCAUUUGUCCAAAGGCA